AUGAGUCGACUUCAUUCCCAGGGGCUGCAAAAUGCAGACGUGGAGGAGUGUCCUGGCGACCCUUCCCUCCAACAUGAUGAUGCUUCCAAGAAACCCAUGAGUGCGGAAGAUGCCUUGGAAAUAGCCAUCGGAGAAAGCCAGAAUGUCGAAUACACGAUUGAAUCAGACAACUCGCCUUAUCUGGAAGUCCGUGCCAAUGUGCCCAAUACGGACGAUCCGACACUCCCCAUUAACACCAUUCGAAUGUGGUUUUUGGGAGUGGUGUUUACAUUGGUUGGCACUGGUGUGAACCAAUUCUUUUCCAUGCGGUACCCCAGUGUGACUAUCACGUCGUUGGUAGCGCAGCUUAUCAGUUAUCCUGUUGGCUGCUUCUUCGCCAAAGCACUGCCUAUCAUGUCGAUUCGGGUCUUUGGAUACAAUAUCUCCAUCAACCCAGACCAUCACUUUAAUGUCAAGGAGCAUGCUGUGAUUACAAUCAUGUCUAACCUGAGCUUUAAUCAAUCUUGGGCUAGUGCCAUCAUCCAAGCGCAAAAGGUUUAUCUGAAGAUGGAAACACCAGUAGGCUAUCAGAUUCUUCUGUCAUUAUCUAUGCAGAUGUUUGGUCUGGGUCUUGCUGGUCUGGCAUAUCGAUACAUCAUCGAGCCACCGCAAAUGAUCUGGCCGUCCACCCUGGCCAACGCUGCCUUGUUUCAAACACUGCAUAGUGGCGCGAACCCUAUUGCAGACGGCUGGAGAGUAUCUCGAUAUCGAUUCUUCUUGUAUAUUUUCAUUGGAAGCUUCUGCUGGUACUGGCUUCCAGGUUAUAUUUUCACUGGUCUGAGUACAUUUGCGUUCAUUUGCUGGGCAGCGCCAGACAACAAAGUUCUGAAUAACCUGUUUGGAAUGACCACUGGCCUCGGAUACCUUCCCACCACGUUCGACUGGAGCCAAAUAGCAUAUAACACAUCGCCCCUCGUCAUCCCCUUCUGGGCACAGGCCAAUGUCUUUGCCGGUUGGUUCUGCGUGUAUGCCGUGGUGGCCCCUAUACUGUACUACACCAACACCUGGUUCACAGCGUAUCUCCCACUGACGGGGUCAGACGCUUAUGACAACACAGGCGGUAUUUAUGACUCGAGUCGUAUCUUAGACGAUACCGGUGCAAUUCACGAGGCGAAGUAUCGUGAAUACAGCCCGAUAUUUCUGCCCAUCACCUUUGCGCUUAGCUAUGGCUUGGGAUUUGCGGUGCUGAGCUGCUUGUUGACCCAUGUUGUUUUGAAUCACAGCAAGGAUAUUUAUAACACGUUCAGGGGCCAGAAUAAGAAGGAUAUUCAUGCUCGGUUGAUUUCUCUUUACCCCGACGUGCCUUGGUGGUGGUAUGGUAUUUUGACGAUUAUCAUCGUUGCUGUGUCGAUCUUGACGCAGUAUGUCUGGCAUACGGAGCUCCCUUUCUGGGGCGUUUUCAUCACCCUAGCGUUGGCUGCUCUUUAUGUCAUUCCUGUUGGCACUGUGUAUGCUGUUGCGAACUUGAACAGUAAUGUUUUGACCGUGCUUGGAGAGAUUGUGUCGGGAUACCUAAUUAAAGGGCGACCGCUUGUGCUUUUGAUUUUCAAAUUCUACGCCUAUACUGGGCUGAGUCAAGCCAUGUUUUAUGGUGCCGACAUGAAGCUCGGACUGUACAUGAAGAUCCCGCGCCGCACAUUGUUUGUCGCCCAAAUAGUUGCCUGUAUACUUGGAACCUUGACGCAAAAUGGUGUUCUCCUUUGGAUGCUCGGAAACGUCGAAGACGUAUGCGCUAGCGACCAAUCGAACAACUUUACUUGCCCUCAAGGUCGAGUGAACUACAACAGCGCCGUUUUCUGGGGAGCCAUUGGCCCUGCUCGUCUGUAUAAUAUUGGAAAAAGAUAUUCCGGUCUCCUGCACAUGUUCUGGAUCGGAGCAUCGCUUCCAAUCAUCACGUUUUUCCUGCGAAAGAAAUUUCCCAAGAAUCGCUUCCUUGAUGCGGUCCACUGGCCGAUUUUCUUUGCUGGGACGGGAAAUCUACCACCGGCAACUGGAAUCAACUAUACAACUGCCUUCGUGGUCAGCUUCAUCUUCAAUAAGCUCAUCAAAGGCCGCAAACCCAACUGGUGGGCCAAAUACAACUAUGUCCUUUCGGCAGCCCUGGACUCUGGCGUGGCGGUGUCUGCAAUUGUCAUCUUCUUCGCCCUAGUAUUCCCCCAGGUGUCACUGAGCUGGUGGGGGAACAAUGUCAACAGCGGGACUGUCGACAGCAAGGGAACGCCCUGGUUGACAUUGGGAAAGAAUCAGACCUUCGGCGAGAAAACAUGGGCCUGAGGCCAGAUUGUAUACCUCAGGCCACAAGACGCUGUCCAAUCAGCGGCCGCUUCCCCGCGGGGUGCCGGACGGGCUCCGAUUGGCGGAGACGCGAGUGUCCGCCUCCGCCUUUGCGGCUUAUCAACUCCAACGUUUUUGACUCGUCUUGAUGUCGAUAAGCAUCUCUUUCGUGUCUGCUAAAAUUAGUCGAUUUCUUAUCUCAUC